AUGAAGGCUUCAAGAGAUGAGAAAGUUCAUAGAAGAGAAUUAAGAAGUGAAGGUGUUUAUCACAGUGACAAUUCAGAAGAUGAUGGUGAUGCUCAGCAAGUUCAAGAUGAUUUAUUGGGCAAAGGUGUUGGAAAUGAAUUGCAAAAAAAUUGA